AUGGGACGAUAUCAGCAGUACGCGCAAGUCAAGGAUGAGGAGGAGGGUGACGAGCUCGACAACUGGAUACCGUUAAAGCAGGAGCAAGGACUCGCAGAGUCAGUUCCCGCCGUUGUUCCCAAAGCUGGAUCAUCUGGCGAGGGCACUCUUACUUCCUAUAGACGCGAGAAUAAGCGUAAUCGAUUUCGAGAGAUCCACCGUUCCACCGGUAAACGAGGACGCAGACCAAGAGACCCCCAGCGACUACCAAAGAGAGUGUACCUAGCAGAGAAAAAACGAAGAGUUGAGGCGAUGAGCUACCAGCCGGGCAAAAAAGAGAUCCGGGAUUCUCAGAUCCAGCAAGAGCUCUCUGACACCCACAAGAUGAUAGCAGACCUUAGAGCACGCUCACAAGUGGGUGCACCGAAUACACAAGUUUCGCCUCCUCAUCACGUACCCGAGUCAAGCGUCAUCACCACGGUAACAAGUACCAUAGCAGCAUUAAGAGCGGAUAUAACACGGCUGGAGCAAGAACUAAAGGAAGCAUGUCGGCAGGGCGAAAACGCCAUACGUGAUGCUCGCGCCGGUGAUAACAACAACGACAACAGCGAUGUUGAAGCGCUGGAGAAACAGCUCGCGAGGGAGCAGGGAAAGGAUAGGGCGAUGGUCAGCAAGCUGCAGAAAGCUCUUAAAAAAGAGCAGGACAAGAGUGAAGAAGCGCACAGUGGCUCACACCAGGUCAACGAGCAGGGGGCUGGUAUGACAGGCUGGCCAGGAAUUCGUGGUCUAUCGAUUAGGCAGCGAGUCAAGGUCGAGGAUGAAGAUAUGGAGUUGGAGGACGGAGAGUAG